UAGGCGUCAAGAUAAUAAAUCAAUGUAUUAAAAUUGCGUCGAUUGCACGGUUCUUUCACGCGUUUUUCCCCGCCCCCACCGGUCCCGUUGCCACGCGCGCGCCCCCUUCUCUUAAUUGGCGCGCGCUGUGCACGUAGCCUCAACGGUUUUUUUCCUUUUUUUCUUUUUCUUUUUUUUUUUUGCGCGUGCCGCAUUCUGUCCCCCGUCCGCGUCAGAGGAAUGAAAAGACACACGGCCGAGAUGCUCACAGUGAGUGUCGCGCGCGCGCGCGUUCUCGCGCAGUAUCGGCUCGAGACGAUCUUUCAGGAGGUUUUCGAGUCAUCUCCAUCAUCAUUAUUAUCAUCAUCAUCUCCAUCAUCACGAGCGCUGUGAUGAGGGGGACAUGCACUUGUUAAGUGCAAUGCAGGACAGUGCAGCACGAGCACAGAGGAGGAUGAUCAUUCUGCCUGGAACUAAGCCAAAGAAGUGACUGCGUCAUUGCUCUAGCUGUCCAAACAAGGGCAAAUGGAUCAAGACGGUGCCUCGUCAUGAGCAGGAACAAAGGCAGCAUCACGAUUGGCGAUCACGCCGUCUAUCAGUCUGACGCAGUCCGGCUGGAGUAAGACAGUUGUUAUUGUUUUUUUUUGGAUUUCUUUUCACUCACUUUCAGCAAAAUGCCAACUCCAGAGGAAGCAGUAUGGUUACCUGCUCGUGUGUCCUGGCUGAACCCGAGGACGCUGCUUCAGAUCUUCAUCAUGGCUGCAGGAGUAGCUGGAGUCACAUGUCAGCAAGUCCAGUACACCACAGUCACAACAAAUUAUGGGAAACUCCGUGGGUUUAGAGCGGCAUUGCCCAGUGAGAUCCUGCGCCCUGUGGAACAGUAUCUCGGUGUACCUUACGCCAUGCCUCCUACAGGAGAGAGACGGUUCCAGGCUCCUGAACCACCCAAUUCCUGGUCUGGCAUCAGGAAUGCCACCCAGUUUGCCCCGGUUUGCCCUCAGUUCCUGGAGGACCGAUUCCUGUUGAGUGACAUGUUGCCUGUUUGGUUCACGGCUAAUCUGGACACAGUGGCCACUUACGUACAAGACCAGAGCGAGGACUGUCUGUACCUGAACAUCUACGUGCCCACGGAUGAAGAUGUAAGUGGCGAUGAAGAGGACGUGCUCAAACCUGUCAUGGUGUACAUUCACGGUGGCUCUUAUGUUGAAGGAACAGCCAACGUGAUUGACGGAAGCGUCCUUGCUAGCUACGGCGAUGUCAUCGUCGUCACCGUCAACUACCGACUGGGAGUUUUAGGAUUCUUGAGCACAGGUGAUCAAGCUGCCAAAGGGAAUUAUGGACUCUUGGACCAAAUUCAGGCUCUCAGAUGGGUGAAAGAGAACAUCCAGGCUUUUAAUGGAGAUCCUCGAAGAGUGACGAUAUUCGGGUCUGGAGCUGGAGCAUCAUGUGUCAGUCUGCUGACUUUGUCCCACUAUUCGGAAGAUUUGUUCCAGAAAGCAAUCAUUCAGAGUGGUACAGCUCUUUCUAGCUGGGCCAUUAACUACCAGCCAGCCAAAUACACGCGAAUGCUGGCUGAGAAGGUGGGGUGCAAUGAGGACGACUCUAUGGAAGUGAUCCAGUGCCUCCAGAAUAAGAACUACAAAGAGCUCAUCGAGCAGAACAUAACUCCUGCCAAGUACCACAUCGCUUUUGGACCUGUAAUUGAUGGAGAUGUUGUGCCAGAUGACCCACAGAUCUUGAUGGAGCAAGGCGAGUUUCUGAACUACGAUAUCAUGCUCGGGGUGAACCAGGGCGAGGGUUAUAAAUUUGUCGACGGUAUUGUGGACAGUGAGGACGGUGUUGCCGGAAAUGACUUUGAAUUUGCAGUGUCAGACUUUGUUGAUAACUUGUAUGGCUAUCCGGAAGGGAAAGAUACCCUGCGGGAGACAAUUAAGUUCAUGUACACGGAUUGGGCAGAUAAGGAAAAUCCAGAAACAAGACGUAAAACAUUGGUUGCUCUUUUCACCGAUCACCAGUGGGUGGCGCCAGCUGUAGCUACCGCGGAUUUACACGCUCAGUAUGGUUCUCCUACAUAUUUCUAUGCCUUCUAUCACCACUGCCAGAGCGAAAUGAAACCAGCCUGGGCAGAUUCUGCACAUGGAGAUGAACUUCCAUAUGUUUUCGGCAUCCCUAUGAUUGGUCCAACUGAUCUCUUCAGCUGCAACUUCUCUAAGAAUGAUGUAAUGCUGAGUGCUGUGGUGAUGACCUACUGGACUAACUUUGCCAAAACUGGAGACCCAAACCAGCCGGUUCCCCAGGACACAAAAUUUAUUCACACCAAACCUAAUCGCUUUGAAGAAGUGGCAUGGUCCAAGUACAAUCCUAAAGACCAGCUGUACCUUCACAUUGGUCUCAAGCCGCGUGUCCGAGACCACUACAGGGCUACUAAGGUUGCUUUCUGGCUGGAGCUUGUGCCGCAUUUGCAUAACAUCAACGAACUUUUCCAAUAUGUAUCAUCAACCACCAAGAUCCCUCCUCAGGAUACGACCCCUUUCUCAUACACCAAGCGCUUAUCCAACAAACUUUGGCCGUCCACCACCCGGCACCCUUCGGUUCCUUCAUCCAACACCAAGCAGUCCACAGACCAGCAGAAGAAUUCAGAGCAUGAGGACAGCUCCGUAACCAUAGAAGCUCGAGACUAUUCCACCGAAUUGAGUGUCACUAUCGCAGUCGGAGCGUCGUUGCUCUUUCUAAACAUCCUGGCCUUCGCAGCCCUCUAUUACAAGAAGGACAAGCAUCGUUUUGAGGCCACCCGACGUCCAAGUCCACCGAGGAACCUUGCUAAUGAUGUACCAAGGGUUCCAAGCGAGGAUCUGAUGUCCUUGCAGAUGAAGCAACUCGAUCAUGGCCACGAUCAUGAUUGCGAGCCAUUGCAAGGGCACGACAUGCUCCGGCUUACUUGUCCUCCGGACUACGCCCUCACUUUACGCCGUUCCCCAGAUGACUUCCCAAUCAUGACGUCAAACACCAUCACCAUGAUCCCCAAUUCUCUCUCGGGGAUUCAGUCGCCAUACCAUCCUUUUAACCCAUAUGCCAACAGCACUCCAAGCAAUACCGGCCUCCCUCAUGGACACUCUACCACUAGAGUAUAACUCAGUGCCAAUGACUGUACUUUGCAAGCAGCAGAUUAUUAUUUAAGUCAAACAGAGUGCACCUGGUUGUUUGGAAACAAGCACUAAAGGUGUUAUUUUAUUACCGACUACUCUAUGAACUAUCUCAAAUAACCUGUAUAAUGUGAACAAUGAAUGUAAUGAUUUUCACAUUUAUGGCAAAGCCAAGUAAGCUUAGGACUCUUCUUUGAACUCUAGCACUACGAUACCCUGUAUGAAAACCCAUCAUUCCUGUUCUGAUCUCUUUGCAUAGAUUGUGAAGUGAUCUCCUGAGAUCUCCUCAAUCCUAAAUCAGUGAUAUCAUCCGUUUAUUGAUUGGUUGCUCUGGUAGAAGCAAUAGUAGCAUUAGCCAUGGUCCUCAUGGCUGUCCUAAGUACUGAGAUCAAUAUUUAUUGAUAAUUAUUUAUUAAGAUAAAGGUUUUGCUAUAAUUAGGCUUGUGCAAUAUUGACUUUUACUUGACCAUUUAGGAAAAAUUUGAACUGCUUCAAUCAACUAGUACCAAACAUGAUCAUUUCUACCAUUUCAGGUUUAAGGAGUCUACACUGAUGGAUUUUAUUUUAAGUUACUGAGCUGGGAGAAUGAGCAUUGAGGAAAAGGGGUGGGGCUUACCUGCAGUUUUGGAUAAUUUCAACCACAUCACCUGAAUGAAUCGUUCCAGAGGAAGAUGUUGAUUGGCUCUUGAUCCAUUAGAUAUUUUGGUAUUUGUUACCAUGGUAACUCAUACUUUGUUCAACUACAGCACUCCUACACAAAGUUGACAGGUCUGGUAAAAUAAUAUCAUAUAAUAUCAUAAAAUAUAAUAAACGCCAUUGGAUAUAGAGAAGACUAAAUCGCGAUGUCGCACAAGCCUAAUUAUAAUGUUAUUUCUCCUCACAAUAGCACUUUCUAAGAGUCUAAGGGAACAUUAAGAGAUCCAGAAAUCAUUGUUACUCUCAUACAGUUUAAAUCCAGACAAAGAGAUCAGAGUGCAGUGUAAAUAUCUGUGCCAUGUACCGAGUGCUCAUAUUGUAAAUCUUAUGAGCUUAGCUCCUCAAAGGUAAUUGCCUUAAACGGGGCAAUAAUCCUAUUUCUCAGUCCAAAUAAUGCUUAUUUAAGAGCCUAAAGUAAUGUAUAUAGCUUAGGAUAAAGCACAAAAUGAAGAAAAGGCUAGUGCUUGUAUUGUUGUUUCCCUUCUAAAGAACUUUGCUUCUCAUGCAGACGCUGUCUAUCUUUUCUGUUUCAUCCGUUUUUAACAUGCUGUUGGUGUUGUAGAUCUCAUUCUCAUGCUGUUCGCUUAACUCUGUGCCUCAAAGGCUAAAUGUCUUUUGUGAUUUUCAAAAACGUCCAAAAAUUGAGAACCUACUUGUGUGAAUGUCAAACUUUGCCAGUCCUCAGGAAGUGUCAACAGACAUGCUGUCAUUUAUUUACUGCCGACACGUUACCGUGGAGACGAGCCGCAGGAUUUUAUAGCCCAGCUGUUUUUAUCCACGUCCGCAUUUUGUAGCUCGUUACACUGCAACGAAAGGUUUGAUUUAAGCCUGACUGCAGUUAGAGUUCCAGAUUUUAGUACCUUACACUCAACAGUUGCUUCAUUUACAGAGAAAUCAAUGUGUAAUGCUCAAUGUGUCCACCAUUAAAGUCUCCCAAGGGCAAGGAAUCAGAGACGUUUGUAAGGAGCAUUCUCCCAUCUGCAGUGUGGUGAUGUCAUACAGCACAGCCCUUUAAAACCACUGCUCUGAAAUUCUUAACUCUUUUCAGAUUGAUGCAGUUUCACAAAAAAAGGGUUUUGUAUAAUUAGAAAAAGUGUACUGAACAUUCUUGCUAACCUUGAAACUUCAGAAAGAGUUUUUUUUUUCAUUCCCAGAAAGGUUCAGGUUUCAGAUGUUGCAUUUUGGCGACUUCUAUGGAUGAAAAACUGAAAAAGGAAACUGAAAACAUCUGUGGGGUCCAAGCACCACUGUCAAGUCAUGCCCCCUGAUUAUCUUAUGAAACACCUGCUGGAAUCUUAUCUGAGCGAUGCAGUCCACUACAUUCCAGCUCAGUCAGACUUGAGGUUCAGAAUCAACUAUAUUUUGUUAAAAUAAUAGGACUAGUUCACAGAUGUAGGUUUUGGAUAUUAGCUUAACAUCUACUGUACGUUCUCGAGACUUUCUUGCUUGGUGGAAUUUCCUCAGUAGAAAACUGAGCUAUAGCGCCACCACCAGACCAGUCUGACCCAUGCUGCCUGCCUGAAGAAGAAAAACAACAACCAGAACAAUCGCAAAUGAGAAAAACAAUACAGUCCCAGCAUUUUUGGUGCUUGGACCCCUAACUAUUGCUGAAGGCUUCACAGACUCUUGGUUGCAUGUCAGGGGUGUGGCCUAUUAUACAGUUAUUAUAUGCAUUGAUGAUUGUGUAUAAAGUUGGGAGAAUGUAGAGAUAUUUUUCUCAUUUCACCAUUUUUGAGUUAUUUCUCAGUGUAUGGCUUCUGACGCUUAGAUUGAGUUUUUUUUUGUUUGUUUGUUUUGUUGUUUAUUAUAACAGCCGUCCUGUACAUAUUUAACCUUCUCCUGUAUUUUCCAGCUGGAUUUGUUUAAUCUGAGGAGGGACUAUAUACUAAAAUUAUUCUUUUAAUCUACUAUAAAUGUCCAUUGUAUUAUAAGUAAAAGUUCAAAAUUUUGGUUGAACUCUGUGGUUGUUGUAGCAGGUCUGCUCCAGGAUGGAUCCAUGCAGGCUGUCGGUGUCGGUCCAAAAUUCAUUACAGAUCAAACGCAUCCAUCUUUAGUACGACUUCAGGCUUCACAGUGGAAAAAAAAUUGCUGGUGUUGUGUCACAGAUUCAGAGAGUCAUGUGAAUGAUGUGAAGCUGAAGUCUUCUAAAUAAACAGGACGAACAGACGUUUCCACCCAGUGCAGAAAUUCAGAUUAUUUGUUAGACAGCAGGUUCAAUCCGCAGUUUUUUUGUUUUUUUUAAAUGUUUGCUUUUGGCUCGCCGUGUAUGAGACUUUUCUGCUGUCAUUUCUAAA